AUGGCGAUGUUGGCCAGAACUUCGUUGUCUAAAGCCUUCCAAAGCGCUUGCUCGUUGUCUUGGACUAGUGCACAACACUCUUCGGUUCUUCAUGAAGAAAAAGACAAGAAGGUAGCACUUCCUCCCGGCUACAGAGCUCCAAGAAUAAUGUCUUUGGUGCUGAAGGAUACCUUCAAAGAUGGUAUGUCAAUUAAAGAUGCUGGAAAGUUGGCUGGAGAACGGUUCAAGUCUUUAAGUGAGACAGAAAAGAAGGUAUGUUGUUUUUAAAUUUGUUUUUAUAGCUUUAGAGUUUUAUUCUGAGAAACAAGGGUCACUUUAUAUUAUUCAGCAGAGAUAAAGGUUGUUAUGAAGAGUAACGUCAGUUUUAUGGAUUGUUUUAUCAUAAAAUUUCUGUGAUUUUUACUCAAAAUGUGAAACGUUUUUCAAUCUACAAGAUUUACAGGAAUACGAAGCCAAAAUCAGUGAGAUUGCCGAGCAGCGACGAAAAGAGUUUGAGGCUUUGUCAGAGGAAGAGAAGCAGAAAGCUUACAAUCAAGCCAAAGAACGUCGUGAUCAGCGCCGAGCUCACAAGCACCGUAUUACUUUGAGAAAGUACAAUGAAGAAACUAAUCGACCAAAGCAACCGUCCAACCAAUACGCUUUGUAUGUGAAGAAGCGUUACGAGGAGGAGAGGCCCGAGACCCACAAAGUCAAGGAGUUUUUCAGCAAAUGUGCUGAGGAUUGGAGAGGCCUUAGUGCUGACAAGAAGAAGGUAAGUUUUAACUGAUUUUAUCAGUUGCACGCUUUUUAUUCUAGGCUUUAUAUAUCAUGUUAGGAAGUUAAUCAUGACCUUAUUAGCAAAAAAUUGAUAUAACUUUUGUUUUUAUUUAUGAAUCGAUGUUAAAUUUGAUAAAUGAUAAAGCAAUAGUUUUCGUAUAAGAUUUUAAGUUUUGAAGAAGGUUUUUUAAGUUUGUUUGAAGUUAUGACGAUUUUAAUAUUAUCCAUGUUUAUCAACUUGAUCUUGGUGCUAACUCUCUAAUUUUUCUUUGUUCUUAGCUCCAUCAAACCAUUAUAUUAUGUUUUUUACUAUUAUCUUUAUCAUUUCCAUUAAUAUUCGAAUUUUUAAGCCCUACAAAGAAGAAGCGGAUCAGUUGAAGGACAAGUACUUGGCUGAACUCGAAGAAUGGAAGAAGACUCACGACAAAAAGGCGUUCCAGAAGUAUAAGGAGGGUUUGAAGGAAUCCAAAUAA